AAUGCUUUUAAAAUGUUAGUUGAGUAGAAAUGUCCGCUUGUGGCGGACGAUGUGAAAUCGUUUUGAACGAUUGAGUACGAUUUUUAUUUAUUUUGUUACGUUUUCAAAUAUUUAAUCGUGUGCUACAAGAUUUUACAGUAAUAUUUAAUUAUAUUGUGGGAAUCGUGUCGUGAAAGAGUUUAUUUCUUUUUGUUCGAGAUAGAUUCGAACAGGUGAUGCCCUCCAAUACACCCCGGAUGGAUCGAUAUCGGUGACUUUGUGUUUUGAGUAAUAUUUACUCGGAAUAUCUGGUAGAGAGCCAUGGAGAAGUCAGCUCGACCGCGGACCGCCCUCAACGAAUGCGUGAAGGUGGUGGUGCGAUGUCGGCCUCUCUCCGAAAGAGAGAAAAAAGAGGGUUACGAUGAGGUGUCCAAGAAGCGGGAAAUGAAAUGGUACGAGCGGCUGUCCAGCCGAAACUUCGUGGACGACAGAAAGUCGGAUGUCUCAUUACAGGUGGUGAAGGUGUGGCCGGAGCGCGGCGCGGUGCAGGUCUACAACCCCAAGGGCCAGGACAAGCUGUUCACCUACGAUGCCGCCUACGACUCCACUGCUGACACCCAGACCAUUUACGAUGAGAUGGUACGUCCCCUUGUCGCGUCCGUGCUGGACGGCUUCAACGGUUGCGUGUUCGCGUACGGCCAGACCGGCACGGGCAAGACGCACACCAUGGAGGGUACCUCGUCAGACGAGGGCAUCAUCCCGCGCACCUUCCACCACAUGUGGGCGCACAUCGAGAACACCGCCUCGCCCGACGUCACGCAUCUCGUGUCCUGUUCCUACGUCGAACUGUACCUCGAAGAUGUGAGGGAUCUACUCUCGAAGGAGUGCAAGAAGCUGACUAUUCGGGGGCAGGAGCUGAACGGCUUCUACAUACCGGAAAUGACGUCAGUGGUGUGCAAGUCUGCCGCGGAGAUGGUACGCGUCAUGAAAGCAGGCAACAAGAACCGCGCGUCCGGCCGCACCGACAUGAACGAGCACUCCUCCAGAAGUCACGCCGUCUUCCUCGUCACUGUGGAGACUGCGCAUCGGUCCAAUAAUAGGAUUCGCGUGGGCAAGCUAAACCUGGUGGACUUGGCAGGCAGCGAGCGACAACGCAAAACUGGCGCCAGCGCGGAGCGUCUGAGGGAGGCGGCGCGCAUCAACCAGGCGCUCUCCUCUCUCGGCAACGUCAUCUCUGCGCUGGCGGAGAACAGUCCUCACGUACCUUACAGAGAUUCAAAGCUGACGCGCAUCCUGCAGGACUCGCUGGGCGGCAACAGCAAGACGAUCAUGAUCGCCAACAUCGGGCCCGCCUGCUACAACUACGACGAGACCAUCACCACGCUGCGAUACGCGCACCGUGCCAAAGCGAUAAAGAACAAGCCGGUCCGCAACGAGGACCCGAAGGACGCGAAGCUGCGCGAGUACCAGGCGGAGAUCGAGCGCCUGCGCGCGCUCAUCCAGCAGCGCCGCCGCGCGCGCGCGCGCCCCGCCCCCGCCCUCGCACCCGCCCUCGCCCCCGCCCACGCGCCGGACUCCUCGGAAAUCGAAGAAGAAACAGUGAGUAUAGAGAACGAACACAUAAUCGCUGAAUCGACCAUUGUGCAAGAGAAAACCAAAACAGAGGAGAUAGAGCAACAGAUACGUGCAUUAGAAGACAGAUUAGUUCAAGGCGGCGGCGGAAAGGAUCUCAUAAACAACCUUAAUGAGAGUCAGAUAAUACUGGAGCAGAGGAAUUUGGAGAUCGCAGAGAGGAAGAAGAGAGAGGUGGAGAUGCAGCAGAAGAUCGACUUGGAGGAGGAAACUACUGCGAUCGUAACCAAUACGUUUACAACGUUGCAGCAAGAGGUCGAUCACAAAACACAGAGAUUAAAAAAAUGCCUAUCAAAAUACGCGUGUCUCCGCGAGGAGAUGGUCGAGCAGCGCGAAGCGCACGACGCGGAGCGCCGCGAGCACGAGGCGCUGCAGGCCGCGCUCAUCGCCGAGCUGCGCAGGAAGCUGCUGCUGGCCGACAGCUUCGUGCCGGACGCUGGUCGACCCAUUGUCAUGCGCCUGCGGUAUAAUGAGGAUAGUGAUACCUGGGAGAUGGCUGAACACAGCGGCGCGGAGCCGCUCUCGGCCCGGCCUGUGGCGGCGCCGGGCCGGCGCCAGGCCACGUGCGGCGCCGCGCUGUCUGGCCGCGCCGCGCGCCGCCGCGCCGACAACUUGCUGGACCUGCAGCCGCUGCCGCUGCCGCCCACCACCCGCCCCUACCGCCCCGCCCUCCAGCACAACCACACACAGAGAUCGGAAACCCCCGUGAAGAAGGAGCCGGACAUCGGCGCGCGGCGCUCGGCGGCGCCGCGCGGCGCGCGCUCGCGCCUCGGCACCGCCGGCGGCAGGUAGAGCUGUGGAGCCUCGGUCGAUUGUGUCGAUAUCAUUAUGUCCAAUAACAUAAGGAAAUUUCGCCGGACGAAACAUUUUUAACCCUGUAUACAUGGGCUAUUUAUUUGCCGCGAUACGAUCGUACGGCGUCUCAUAUGAAUUCACAUUUGCCAGCGCUCGAUAUAAUAAAUCUCUAGUGAUGUAAAUAAUAGAUUUGUGUUAGACAAGUUAUCUGUUAAUCCACAUUUGAUACCGUAUUAUUUUUAUUUUGUGGGAGGCAGAUACAGUUUCAAUUAACUAAAAUGUUAACCUACUAUUACAAACCAUCUGAUUUGCAAUAGUGAAAUGGAAACGUUGGCAAAUGUGAACUUCGAUAUAGUGAUCUCAUCGCGUUAAGUUUCAGUAUUCGUGUAAGCUGUGUCGACCGCGCAGCUCGUAUGUGUAUAACGCCCGAAUUUUAUUCUUUUAUACCAUUGUUAUUUUUUGUAAAUUUUAUUUUGUACUCGAUCGCUUCGUCCAGGAGCGAGUGAUAUUAGCUAGUUAUAUUGUACAUUCAAAUUGAUAUGUAUAACGUGAAAUUUGUAUAUUGAAUUUUUCGUGUUUUACACUCGACGGCUACGUAGUGCAACGCGUUACCAAAGAAACGGCCCAUUCCUUGAUUUUGUGGUUGAUAUUACGAAUACAUUACCAGUUAUCAUGUUCCUUUGUCAUAAAUUUGAUAGGUUUUGUUGUGAAUAUUAUUUUAUUUAUUUCUAGGCUCGGAUUCUAGUCAAUGGUCUUGUAUACAAAUAUUGUAAAUAUUAUUAACAUUAUAGGUAUUUAAAAAGUAUUUAGACAUAGUGUAGGUAGUUGCUAACGUUCGCACAAUACUUUUUAAGUACCAGGGAGGCGCCCAUUACCAAAUUAUUGUAAUGUUCAGACCAAAAAUUUUGUCAAAUCAAUUAUGUUCAGUUAUAAAGGCAAAAAGAUACGAAAUCAUGAGAACGUAUUUUCCCAAUUUAUUUCCUUGUGGUAGUUGAUAAUAUAUUUUUUAAUUAAGUCCGUAAGGUUAGCGAUAUGUAUUAUUAUAGCUCUAGCGCUCAACGGAUGAGUCUGUUACUAUACUACAAUAUGAAAAACCCAAACUUCAGGCAUCUAAUAUUUUAAGAGCUAGAGCGUAUAUAUUAUGUGUAUUCUUUCAUUGGCUUACGUUACAUUGUAUUAUGAGAAUGAAUGGAGGAGAUCAUGUGAUAUGUCGUUGGAAUCCGCUAGUCAGCUGUGCCGCAAACACGCUUAUAUUCACUAAUAAAGAAAUGAAUUUUUAAUUAA